AUGGUUGAUUGCAAACCCGUGGCCACUCCGGUUUCAACCUCGAAGGCCGUGCCAGGUGGUGUGGUUCCUUAUGCUGAUCUCACUCAGUAUCGCAGCUUUGCAAGUGCUCUGCAAUAUCUUACGGUAACCCGUCCUGACCUUUCCUAUGCUGUCAAUCGUCUGUGUCAACACAUGCAUUCUCCUUCUACUGUGAAUUGGGCGGCUCUGAAAAGGGUGUUACGGUAUUUGAAUGGGACACUCCAUCUUGGUCUUAAAAUCACUGCUUCUCCCUCUCUGGAUAUUCAUGCGUAUUCUGAUUCAGAUUGGGCUGGCAAUCCUGAUGAUCAGAAAUCAACUAGUGGUUUUGCUGUAUUCUUGGGGACCAAUCUUGUCUCAUGGGUGUGUUGA